AUGUCUGAAAAUGCAACAAAUUAUAAUGGAAUCAACAAAACGUGUGGAUCGAAUUUCAAAUUGGCGAAACUCGACAGAAUUGAUAUGAUUGGAAUUAUUGAGAGAAUAUUCAGACCAUCGGCUUCAAUUUGGAUGGAUUUUCUCACAAAUUAUGAGGGAAUUUAUGCUGAAAAUAUUCAUAAAUCUGAUGAUCUACGAGAUGACGAUGAAUAUUUCGAUUUGAGGGAGCAGUUCAUUGGGAAAUUUGGUUAUAUCAAACCAAUUGAUAUCAAAGACGACAAUAUUUUAUUUAUAUGCGAAAUAUCAUACAAAGAAUCAUAUUCUGCUGUUCAUGGAGACGUUGGAAAGUUUUCUGAAAUAUUCUUUGAAGAAUAUUCACUACCGAAUAAUCAAGUGUAUCCGACGUUUGGAAAAUAUGGAAGUUCGAAUUAUCUGAGUGGAAUAACCCCGGAAGAGGACAGAGUGUGCAAAAAAUUGAUGGAUUCAUUUUCUGAUUUCGGACGUCAUCAGUUCAUUAGAUUCAACGAGGAUCAUUCGUUGAAACUCUCAAUUUCUUCGAAUUAUUUCUCGCAGACCAAAUAUGUUCACACGGGAAUCAAAGACACCACCAAUUCAACCCGUCUCUGUGAUGAAUUCGAGAAGGAAGAGAUCUAUAAUGUGAGAAGGAAUUUGACGGCAUCGAAAUUAAUGAUAACGGACGAAGGAAAUUGGCAAUUAACAUCAGCUCCUUUCGGCCAACGAUCUCCAAUGUAUUGCCAGUCAGAGUACUACAGUUUCGAUGGAAACGGCUAUUGUCGUAGUGAUUUCUUUCCAUUUAUCAAAGGAAGUUAUAUGAAAUGUCAUAAGCGAUCGCCAAAGACGGCUGGAAUUAUUUUCUCGGUGUUCGACGCAGUAUUAAUGGGUUUUUUCGGAAUAGUGAAUUUCCCAGACCCGAUCCAGUAA